AUGGCGGACAUCGUCAAGCAGAAAAGCGGCGCCGAUAGUCGUGUGCCGGUACUGGUCCAAGACCCCGAAUACUGCGUUUGGACAACCGAAAUCUUGAAGAAGAAAGAAAUGACGAUUCUUGAGGUACAGAAAAUGGAGGCAUAUCUCUACAUUGACGACAGGACGAUUGUGUACAGUGAGGGUCCAGGAAUUCCUCCUAUCAAAGAAGUUUGCGCGGAGCUGUCUCGAGCCCUCAAUACCUGGCCUGCAAUACUCAUUUGUGACCCUAUAAUUCCAGAUUGGGACCGGGAAAACCGAAAACUUUAUGGUGAUGUCAACACACCUUCGGUCUUGGCCAUGAGAGAACAACACUACGACGAAUUACCCUUGUAUGACGACAAAAACACUCAAAACUUUGAGGAACUCAAGGUUUAUGUGCGAAAAGGACUUCAACUUCCCGACAAAUAA